AUGAAUUCAGAAUUGAUCACAAAUAAACCAAAAGUAAGUGUAUAUUUUGGAGGAAGACUUGGUAAUCAUAUGUUUGGAUAUGCAUCACUUAUUGGUAUAGCUCAUAGUAAUAACCUCAUACCUGUAAUCUCUGAAUCAAAUCUUUUAUGGGAUGUUUUCAAACUACCAAUUCAUUAUGGACAUUUUGAGGCAAAUGUGGUUAUUAGACAGAAAAAUGUUGGGACCUAUGAAAAAAUAGUUGAAAAUCUAGAGCCAAAGGAUACACUUCUAGAUGGUUAUUGGCAAUCAUGGAAAUAUUUUGAAAACGUGAAAGAUGAAUUAUUAACAAAACAUUUUCUUUUGCAUGAUGAUGUCGAUUUGGAAUCUGAUCAGUUUAUACUAAACGCCUUAAAGGAAAAACAUAAAACUAAAGAUACCACAAUAGUAGGUGUUCAUAUUCGUCGUGGAGAUUUUGUACGCCAAAGAUUAAAAGGAUUUUCAGCAGCCCCAGUUUCUUAUUAUUACAAAGCAAUGAACUAUUUUCGAAGGAAAUAUUCCGAUCUUUUGUUUAUAAUGGUGAGCAAUGAUGUAUUUUGGGCUGAAGAUCAUUUAGAUCAAGGUGAAGAUAUUUACUAUUCACACAAUACACCUGAUAAAAUGGCAUUAGACCUAGCCAUACUCUCAAAGUGUAAUCAUUCAGUGAUUAGUUCAGGAUCUUUUUCAUGGUGGGUAAAGCUUUCAACAGCCUUUAUAAACUAA